AAUUAAUUGCGGGAAAAGGAAAUACUUGAUCAAAUGAAUAUUGAACAAAAUUAGAUGUUUAUCAAUCAGGGUGUUUUUAGACCACUACAAACGAGUAUAAUUAUUAAUAAAAUUAUAUAAAUUUUAGAACAACACUCUAAAUCUUAAAACAAAAAAGGAAAUUAGAAACAAAAAAACACUAACUCACUCUAUCAAACACAUUAAAAUAAAUAAUAAAUAAAAAAAACAAAAAAAACUCUUAAAUAAUCAAAUCUAAUUAAUUAUUUGCUUUAUCAUAAAUAAAUAUUGAUAUCUCAUAAACUGAACAAAAAAAUUUUAAAAAAUCAAAAAUAUCUAUUUAUCAAAUUGUAAAUUGCUAUUAUGAACUAAUCAUAAAAAAGAAAUACACAAACUUAAGGAGGCUAAGUACCUUAUUUGUUGAAUGGCAAAUAUCAACUUAUAAAACCACUUGCAUAGGGCGCUUACGGGUGCGUUUAUUAAGCAUAUGAUGAAAAAGAAAAGAAGCAUGUUUGUAUCAAAUAGAUAAAAAGAUUCACUGCUCAUUAAAUUGGAGGAUAUGGAAUAGAUUCAUAAAAUAUGAGAGAAUUCUCUAUUUUGAAUUCGCUAAAUCAUGAAAACAUAAUAAAAUUAAAAGAUUAGUUUCAUGCCUAUAAGAGAUAGUAAGAAACCAUAUAAAAUCAAUAAAAUGAAGAACAUGUGACGUUCUUCAUGGUUUUCGAUUAUAUUGAUUAAAAUCUCCAAACUUUCAUCAAGGAAUUUGAAAAUAAAAAAUGCUACAUACCCCUUAUUUAAAUUAAGAGCAUACUCUAUCAGAUAGUGCUAGGCAUUUAUGAAAUGCAUGUUAACGGCUUCAUGCAUAGAGAUAUUAAACCUGCAAACAUCCUCAUCACCUAACAAGGAUAGGUAAAGGUUGCUGAUUUGGGACUGGCAAGACAGGUUACAUAAAAAAGGUAGACUUUUACUCCUGGAUGGAUAACUCUUUGGUACAGACCUCUUGAAAUGCUUUGUAACCAAACAAACUAUUCAAAAGCGGUUGAUAUAUGGUCUUUAGGAUGCGUAUUUGGAGAAAUGGUGAGACUUGUUCCUUUAUUCAGAGGAUAAACUGAAUUGGAAUAAGCUUUAAAGAUUAUAUAAUCACUCGGCCUUCCAACAGAAUUCUAAGAUUUUGAUAGCUUUCAUGAAAGAGUUAGUGAUUAAGCUUUUAGCUAUGAAAAAAACUUCCCUUACUUGUCUGAAGAUGGAAUAGAUCUCCUAAAGGGAAUGCUGAACAUUAAUCCCAGCAAAAGACUUACAGCUAAAUAAUGCAAAGAACACAGAUUUUUUAACGACGUUAGAUAGCUUUCAUUAGAUUAAAUUAAUUAAUUGGCUCAAGGCUAAUUGAAAUAAUGCUAACUUAAUUUUUUAGAAAAUUAAUAAAGAAUAGAAGAGAAUAGACUUAGGAUGUAGGAAUAAGAAUAAUAAAGAUAAAUUUAGUUAUAAUAAUAAUAGUAACAACGUAGAUAAAGAAGCGAGUCACUUGAAGCCUCUCCUGAAUAUCUUUGA